AAAUAUAACAAUGCAGCAUAAGCUCUGUAAAUACAAGUUUCAAAUGUCAAAGUGCUCUAUCCGGUAUCUUUAGAAUAAUGAGUUGACCGGCAUAUUAUUUAUAUUUUCCGCGAGACGGAAAUAUUACAGUUAAAAUGCCAGCCAAGGUAUUAUUUGUUCUAACCAGUCAUGAUAAAUUGGGAACUACGGACAAGAAGACCGGUUGGUAUUUACCGGAAGUAGCUCAUCCUUACCACGUACUUAAAGCAAAGGGGCACGACAUCACAUUUAUAAGUCCAAAAGGAGGAAAAGCACCAAUGGAUCCAGGUAGUGGCGAAGCCUUUAAAGAUGACCAACUCUGUAAGAAUUUUCUAGCCAACAAAGAGGCAAUGUCUGCAAUUGAUAACACACGCAAACCCUCACAAAUAAAAGCAAGUGAUUUCAAAGCUAUAUUUUAUGCUGGAGGACAUGGUCCUAUGUUUGAUCUCCCAGAAAACCAGGAAAUUGCAAAAAUAGGUGUGGGUAUAUAUGAAAACGGAGGAAUUGUCAGUGCCGUAUGUCACGGGCCAGUAGGAUUAGUUCCAUUGAAACUCUCCAAUGGUGACUAUUUGGUAAAGGGCAAGAAAGUAACAGCAUUCACAAAUGCCGAGGAAGACGCCGUACAACUCACGUCUAUCAUGCCGUUUCCGUUAGAAACAAAACUGAAAGAUCUGGGUGGCAGUUUUGUUGCAGUUGACAUGUGGAAACCAAAUGUCCAGGUUGAUGGUCGCCUCAUUACUGGACAAAAUCCUGCCUCAGCAACACCUGUAGGAGAGGCGCUUGCAAAACUUUUAUAAACAUUCUUAUAUGUCGUUUCUUGCAAAUUUGAUUGAAACUUUAAAGUAUUUAUAUCCAUGUACAUUUGUGUACGUGUGGAAUUUGGAAUAUAAUAUAUAUAUAAUAUAUAUUGCUGAUUUUUAUAUAUCUUAUAUCAAUUUCUUAUUAGUAAAAUAAAAGCAGCUUGAACUGCAUAAAACAUUAAAAGUCAAAAUUAA